GUUUUGAGCUGGGGAUGCUGAAUAGCUCGGAGGAACGGCCAAGCGUCCCCCAAACAAAACCCGGCUACCGAGACGCAACGCCUGGGGCGUGCUGGGCUGUUUUUGUGUCCGGGGACCAGAGAGAACGCGUUGCGCCUUUAAGGAGUCAAGCCACGCCUACCGCUGAGAGCAGAACGCGCAGGUGCGGGAACCUGGGCCCGGAGGGCAGUGCUCCCUCCGGCUGCGGAACCCCGGCCUCUCUGGUGAAUCAGCCUCUGCAGGUGUCAGCAAACCUCAAGGAACAGGAUGGAUCUUGAUGUGGUUAACAUGUUUGUGAUUGCGGGUGGGACACUGGCCAUUCCAAUCCUGGCAUUCGUCGCUUCUUUUCUCCUGUGGCCUUCAGCGCUAAUAAGAAUCUAUUACUGGUACUGGCGGAGGACACUGGGUAUGCAAGUCCGCUAUGUACACCAUGAGGACUAUCAGUUCUGUUACUCCUUCCGGGGCAGGCCAGGACACAAGCCAUCCAUCCUGAUGCUCCAUGGAUUCUCUGCACACAAGGAUAUGUGGCUCAGCGUGGUCAAGUUCCUUCCAAAGAACCUGCACUUGGUCUGUGUGGACAUGCCUGGACAUGAAGGCACCACCCGUUCUUCCCUGGAUGAUCUGUCCAUAGAUGGGCAAGUUAAAAGGAUACACCAGUUUGUAGAAUGUCUUAAGCUGAACAAAAAGCCCUUUCACCUUAUAGGCACCUCCAUGGGUGGCCACGUGGCUGGAGUAUAUGCCGCUUACUACCCAUCUGAUGUCUGCAGCCUGUGUCUUGUGUGCCCUGCUGGCCUGCAGUAUUCAACUGACAAUCAGUUUGUACAACGGCUCAAAGAGCUGCAGGAGACAGCUGCUGUUCAGAAAAUUCCCUUGAUCCCAUCCACCCCGGAAGAGAUGAGUGAGAUGCUGCAGCUCUGCUCUUAUGUCCGCUUCAAGGUGCCCCAACAGAUCCUUCAAGGUCUUGUUGAUGUUCGUAUCCCUCAUAACAGCUUCUACCGGAAACUGUUUUUGGAAAUCGUCAAUGAGAAAUCCAGAUACUCUUUGCAUCAGAACAUGGACAAGAUCAAGGUCCCAACUCAGAUCAUUUGGGGAAAACAAGACCAGGUGCUUGAUGUGUCUGGGGCAGACAUAUUAGCCAAGUCAAUCACUAACUGCCAGGUAGAGCUUCUGGAAAAUUGUGGCCAUUCAGUGGUGAUGGAAAGACCCAGGAAAACAGCCAAGCUCAUUGUUGACUUUUUAGCUUCUGUGCAUAACACAGACAACCACAAGAAGCUGAACUGAGGCCGCUGCCACAACCUGCAUUGUGCACACAGCAUCUGCUCCCAUCCCCCAAACCUGACACAGUCGCCUCUCUCAGGGAUCCUGCCCCAAAUGCCGAUGGAGCAUCAAUGUCCCUGAGGAAGUCAGUCUCCUAGCCCAGUAUUCUUGGUUCCACAGAGCAUCAGGGGCUACAAGGAAACCUCCAACAUCUUUUUUCAGAAUAGAAACCUAAAUGGAACAAAAUAAAAACAUACCCACCCACAAAGCCUACUAGAUGUCUUCAACUUCAUGUCACUGAGAAGCCAGUGCUAAGCAGCCACCUUGGAUCAUGCUCAUCAAGGACAUUUUCUUUAAGACAUUCCACACACAUUAAACCUGAGCUGUUUUUUGUUGCUUCAGAUGUACCCUCUGCAUGGACAGUGGCUUCUUCUACAGGAGCCUUAGUCACCUAUUGAACUCUCUUGUUUAGAUCUAAUUCAAGUUUUGCAUAGAGGCCCAUGUGUGAGUGUAGCCCAUUGACCAUAAGAUAAGAGUUACAGCAAGCUGAGGAAGAGGUUUCUGUCCCUAGGCCUGAUACACAGACGUGGAAUCUCAGCCACUUGGGAGUCUUGAGGCACCAAGUUCAAGGCCUGCCUGGGGUACUGACUGAGACAAUUUCCAAAAAUAGAAAAGAGAGAAAUGUUUCUACCUUUUUUUUUUUUUUUUCCUUUUUUCCAUGUAGAAACAUACACUAGGGGCCAUUGUUCUGCCUCAGAACUUGCAGACUGGUGGGUUUGGGUACCUACAAAUCAGCUAUGCCAUGAGUGACCAGAACAAAGAACACCUGACAGGGUGGGUUUCCUAGAAAAAAAAAAUAUAAUUUUUAAAAAUAGGACUAAUAAAGCAAUAAUGUUCCAGACUUCUAUCUAAUCAGAGUGGAGUUCCACACCAAGCAGCUAGCUCAUGGGCAUCUUUUCUAGUCUGCUGCUCUACUGAAAACCCUUGGAUGUAAAAUACUCGCUUGUUAAUGAAUUCUGUGAAUUCUGUGAACAAUAAUGUGAUUGAAAAAACUAAGUCCAAACAGCUGUAAAAGUGAACACAAUAAUGUGAAAUAAAUUUACUAAGUCUAGGCUGGCAACACACAGGUGCUUUCCAUUUCUGAGUUCCUAGUGGGGAACAAUAUUGGUAGAUUUUCUGUUCCCUUAAAAAUGUGUUUAUCAUUGGGGACAUGUGAGGAGGCCGGAGGUUGACAGUUGACAUUUGUGUCUUUCUCAGUCACUUCCACCGUUUUUUAAAAGAUAGGAUCUCAGGCUGGAGAAAUGGCUCAGAGGUUAACAGCACUGGCUGCUCUUCCAGAGGUCCUGAGUUGGAUUCCCAGCAACCACAUGCUGGCUCACAGCCAUCUGUAAUGAGAUCUGGUCUCCUGUCCUGUAGGCGUACAUGCAGACAGAACAUUGUAUACAUAAUAAAUAAAUAAGUCUUUAAAAAAAAAAAAAAAGAUAGGAUCUCUCAGUGAACAUGGAUCUAGCACAGCCCUGGGAAUCCUUCUCUCACCACCUACCCAGCACUGGGGUUGCAGGCACCUGUUGAUGUGUCCAGUUAUUUUGCUUUGUUUUGUUUUUUUACAAGAUUGCUGGGGAGCCAAACUUUUGUUCUCAUACUUCCACAACCAGCCCUUUGCUGAUAGCCAUUUAGCUGGGUCUUAAAAUGUAUUUUUAUCAUUUUAUAUUUACUGUAGUCAUGUGUCUGUCUAUGGGGGUCGAUGCCUGCGUGCAGGUGCUUGUGGAGGCCAGUAGCUUCAGUCCCUUGGAGCCGCAGUUCCAGGAGAUUGUGCCCAGGGACCUGACCGUGGGUACUGGGAUCUGAACGUCGGUACUCUGCAAGAGUGCUAUAUGCUGGUAACUCCUGAGCUGUUAUGUACUCCAUCCUCCUAACUGUGUGUUUCUUUAACUUAUUUAUUUCACAUGCAUUGGUGUUUUGCUGGCACGGGUGUCUGUGUGAAGGUGUCAGAUCCCUCAGAACUGGAGUUACAGAUGGCCGUGACCUGCCAUGUGGAUGCCAGAAAUUGAACCCAGGUCCUUUGGAAGAGCAGCCAGUGCUCCUAACUGUGGAGCCAUCUCUCCAGCCUCCUGAGUGUGUGUGUAUCUUGUUUUUUGAAUGUAUAAAAUAAAAAAAUGUACUGAGCAA